AAGUCCUUCAAAAUGGAAGCUAGUAUUCGGAACAAUUUACUGAACAUGAUUGAGAUCCCUACCAGAGUGCAUCCUAGAAAUCUUGCCACCAAGAAACAUGACAUAAAACUUGGAAGAAGUAUAAGUCCUGCAAAGCGGCUUAAAUCUGGCUCAAAUCUGUCUUCUAUUACUGACAGUUCUUCACCAACUAAAUAUAAGUUAAGAGAGAGUCUACUUAGCUUAAUCGAAGAAGAUUGUGAGAAGGAUGAGAAAAGCCCUCAUGAGUCUGGGUCCUCAAGUAAUGAGUCUGUUAGCCCAGAUAGUGGCUCAAAAAGAGGAAUUAUUACCCUAAAGAAACCUGCCUUACAAGAAUUUCCCUCAAUCGAACAAUGAAAUCAGCCAGAUUUGAGUGAAUCCCAAGAUAGUCCCCUAAAUCAAGCGGUGAACCAAAUCUUAAGCCUAAGAUACAAUCCUUGCCCAAGAAAAUCUUUAAGAGAAGAGUUCAAUUACUCCAGCUUUGAUGAUUACUUCUCUUCGACCUUCAAACGUAGAGAGGAAGACUCGGAAAAAGAGACUAAAUGUAGCAAAUUUGUGCCAAAAUUUGACCUCAUGAUUGCAGCUGAAGACUAUUUAAUAAACCUCGGAGAGAAUUUGUUUAACCUCAGAAAUUAUGAAGAAGAUCAGAAAGUUGCAGAACCCAUCCAGAAAAUCAAGAAAAAGCUAAAUAAAGGCGGUAAUUCAAAAAGGAAAAGAUUUUUGAAGAGAACAAAGAAAAGAAGAAAGGUUAAGAGAAAAGAGUCAAAGCACAUCAGCGAGCUCUCUUCUAAGCUACUUGAGAUCGAGAACACCUUGGAUUUCAAAGCUAAGGAGGGUCCAAGAAAGUUGACCCAAGAUAUCGUCUGUCCUAUAAAUACGGGGUUUAAGAAAAGGGCCAGAUUCAGAACUUGUCAAACCACUUCUGAUUUUCAGCAGAAGCUAAUAGAAAAUAUUUCGGAAAAAGAGAUGAGUAUUAAAUUAGAUGACGAAAAGGCUGGCUAUACUAAAAGUUUUAAGAACUUCGCCUUUAAGACAUAUGAUGAAGCUCCUGAGCAGGAAGAACUUAAAGAAGAAAAAUCUUUCCUCAGAUUAAGUCUGAAUCCUUGCCUCCCUGUCGAGCAAAAUUUUAGAAAGAAAUCUUCUAAUUCUCAGAAUGUACAUCAAAACCUUCCAUUGCAGAAUGUGGAUAGCCAUGAAAUUGCCGAUAAUUUCUGUAGGAAUCCAAAAUUUGAAGCCAAAUCAAAUUCCAAUACUAAUAUUCCUACUUCCAGUCAUGAUACAGCAUCGUGCAGCGCUCUAAAAUCGAAAGAUCAAAAAUUUUUCAUCUCGUCGAACUUAUCGGAAGCGACACGAGUACUAUCCACAAAAAAGAGGAGGAAGAAGGAUAGGAAGCUGUCUAUCAGUGACAAUGAGUUCAAUACCUUCUAUCUGGCUUUUGAAAAACACAACAAAACUAAGAAUGAGAAGCAAAUGCUAUCUCCUAGUAUCCCCUCGACAGGCAACAGUGGGCAUUUGAGUAGCUCGACUUCUAAUAUUUCCAAAUCCAAACGUCAAAAAUCUUCUAAAAGAUGUAAAAAAUCAGGAAGGAAGAAGGUCUGUUCAACCAAGAAAGUUCCGAGUGCCCUUGACGGUGAUACUAAACUUAGUAAGAAUGAGAAGAUGCCUCAGAAGUUCUCCUGGAAAAUGAUCGAGAUCGUUGACUCUCUCAAUGAGAUCGAGAAGGACUUUGAUUAGUCUAUAAUUAAUUCAAGUCUAUUAAUUUACUCAUAACACUAUGAAAGCA